AUGAAGAUACGACCUUCGCUUUUGUCAGCGACGAUUCUGCUCGGGAUUGCCCAUGGCCAGGUACAGGCACCGGCGCUGGCUGGGGCUGGGGCUCCCAUCGCACCCGCUGACCGAAUAUACUGCGGAGACCAGUCGUCCAACACCAUCACCGUCAUCUCGCCAUACGACAACAGGGUCCUGGGCACCAUCGCGCUGGGCUCCUCGCGCCUCCAGGAUGUCAUCGGCCCGCAGUACGUGCGCUCCACCAACAGCCACGGCCUCGGAUUCUCCCGCGACGGGAAGUACAUUGUUUCCCUGUCCGUGACGACCAACACGGUGACCGUGGUCAGGACCAUCGACAAUAGUAUUGUCAGUCAAACGUGGACGGACCGCGCGCCGCACGAAGCGUUCUUUGCGCCGGAUAAUCGCACCGUCUGGGUGGGCACGCGAGGCACCAACCAUGUUACCGUGGUGGACGGGCUGGCGGGGACGAUCCUGGGUACCAUCCACACGGCAGAUGGGCCGAGUAAGGUCGUCUUCAGUCCGGACGGGGCCACCGCUUAUGUCAAUCACAUCCGGGACCCGAUCCUGUCUAUUGUCGACGUUGCAUCGCGGACGACGGUGCAAAACAUCACCGGUCUAAACGAUGUCUUCUCCUCGGACAUGCAGAUCUCGGCCGACGGAGGCACCAUCUGGACCAUGCACAAGAUGGCCGGGACGGCGAGCGUCAUUGACCUGAAUGCCAGGAGUGUGGUCACGGCGGUCGACAUCGGGGCCGAGGUGAAUCAUGCCAACUUCGCGGUUCUCAACGGCACGACCCACGUCUUCACCACCGUGGGAGCCAGCAACGAGACGAAAGUGUUUCGCCAGGACUCGCCUGGCUCCGCCCCGGUCUAUUUGACGUCGAUCCGGGCCUCGGGCAUUGAGCCCCACGGCAUCUGGGGCAGCCCGGACAACCAGUGGAUGUUCGUGGUCAACGAGCACUCCGACACUGUGGACGUCAUCUCUCUGUCCACGAUGCAGGUCACCGACACCCUGAACGUCGGGCAAGAGGGCCAGGCGCUGAUCUACGUUGCCAACGCCGUGCCGCAAGGCGACGGAACCGCCAACCUGGGCACCCAGGGUCUGUCCCCGACGGCAGCGUUGAACAAGAUCGUCGACAUCAUCACCCCGAAGCUGCAGCCCGGAUCUGGUGAGGCCAUGAUGCCAAUGCCCGCCUCCAACAAGACACCCACGGCCCUCGUGACGAUCCGCAGCCUGGGCGGACUGGACAUGGUGCAGGUAAUUGGCAGGAACAUCAAGCUGAACACCAGCUACACCAUGUCCGCCACAUGCCAGCAGUGCAACGGAGGCCAGGUGCCCCUGCUGUCCUUCAACGCGACCAUGAAGAGCCCCGACGGCUGUGGAACCGCGCCCCAAGUGCUCAGUUUCUUCAAGUGGUACGGUGUCUGGGAUCUGGAGAGCAUUCAGAUCUCCGAGACCUGA